AUGGGGUUGUUCAUCCUCUUCCUUCUGUUCAUCGCUGUACAGGCCGAUGUUGUUGCGAGGCCAUCCAAUCUGACAUCUUACUCGAGCAACUUUCGCAUUACCGGGAAUCAUCUCAAUGAAACAGUCACUCCAUUGACCACAGACCUAAGAACUGCGAGUGAUAGUGAAUUAAAGACCUACAACGUCUCGGGCACUGCCACUCAAGUCAUUCCUGGGAAUUCCCUCGCUUUACAGGACACAGCAAUCGCCUUGAUAUCUUGCGACCCGAACGACUACACCGGGAAUAUUGGCGUUGAUGAAACAAUCGCAUACGUCACCUCUGCUCAUUCGUCUCAGGCUAUUCUGUUAUACAGCAAAUCUGCUACGCACUGCAACUUGACAAUUGAUGAUACUACCGCUGCUCGAUAUCCCAAUAUCUUCACUUUGAACAGUAGACGCGCCUACUCUGAAUUGCAGAGUAUCUUAAAAGACUCAGACCCAUCUAUCAGUAUCGUCUCCAUGUCCCUUGUGAAUGGGGUUCCAGCCGACUCUCCCGGAGACCCUCCCGGCUCUGGCGACAGUCCAAACACAGCCAUGAUCAUCCUGUACAGUAUCACAGGCAUCAUCACGGCCCUGUUCCUGGGAAUUAUCAUCACAGGUGCUGUGCGGGCUCAUCGCCAUCCGGAGCGCUACGGACCUCGCCGGAUAGCCGGGCGAGUCCGGCAAAGCCGAGCAAGAGGUAUAGCUCGAGCCAUGCUAGAUACAAUACCGAUUGUCAAGUAUGAUGACAAGAACGACGAUGUGGAGGCCGCCAAGCGCGACGUCGAACUGUCCAUGGAGGAUCCCGCCCGCGAACACUCUGAUGGCAUCACAUCCGCCCCGGUCUCUGAACCGCCAACCCCAGACGAAGAGAGACCCACUCCGGAAGCCAAGACCGACGCGGUGCCCGACUCUGGUAAUUUCUCGUGUCCCAUUUGCACGGAUGAUUUCAUCAAGGGCCAAGACCUACGUGUCCUACCUUGCAACCACCAGUUCCACAUGGAAUGCAUAGACCCAUGGCUGGUGAAUGUCUCCGGGACCUGUCCACUGUGCCGCAUUGAUCUCAACCCAGCCCCAGAACCCGACGCAACAGAAGAACCCGCCCACCCCGACUCCGAAACACCAACACCAACACCAGAAACUCAAGCAGAAGAACCAACUCCCCAGACCCGCCCCCGCCGUCUAACAAACUACCUCCACGGCCCCCUCAACGCUCACCGCAUGCACAACGCAACAGUCGAAGAGCGCCUCGCGACCCUCCGCCACAUCCGCGCAUCAAACCAGUCUUCGCCCGCCCCGCGCCGUCUCACAGCCCGACUGCGCGAGCGCUUCCGUAUCCGGACCCGCGCUCACGACCCAGAGGCCGUGCCUACGCCUACUGCCGAGGCUCCUGCGCCCGAGCCCGUUGCGCCCCCACCCGUCCACAUGUCUCCUCCUACUGCAUGA